AUGGCGAUGGCCUUACGAAAGUCUUCGUUGUUGUUGAACACAAGGUUGCUCCGUCCGGAGCUCAAAAUUGUCUGCUCGUACCACAAGAAGGUUGUGGACCACUACGAAAACCCAAGAAAUGUGGGCUCACUGGAUAAAAAUGCAAAGAAUGUGGGGACUGGUCUAGUGGGUGCACCAGCUUGUGGCGACGUUAUGAAACUCCAGGUUGAAGUAGAUGAAAACGGGAAGAUCGUGGAUGCCAAAUUUAAGACAUUUGGCUGCGGAUCAGCCAUUGCUUCUAGCUCUCUGGCGACUGAAUGGGUGAAAGGGAAGUCGAUCGAUGAAGCGUUGAGGAUCAAGAACACUGACAUUGCAAAAGAACUCUGCCUUCCGCCGGUCAAACUUCAUUGUUCCAUGCUAGCAGAAGAUGCCAUUAAAGCAGCCUUGUCGGACUACAGAAUAAAACAGACAAAGGAGAAGCAGAGUGUCAAAGCCAGCAGUUAA